AUGGUUUAUAAUUCCAAUGUUUUCAUCACUUGGUUUUCUAUGUUUUGUUUGAUUUGGUACUCUGCAAAUUCAAUAAAGGACACUGAUAAUCACCAAAUUUGCACAUCUAAUUAUGACUAUUCUGAUGCUCUAAGCAAAGGAAUUUUGUUCUUCGAGGGCCAACGUUCAGGAGAGUUGCCUGCAAACCAAAGAGUCGAGUGGAGGGCAAAUUCAGCACUCUCAGAUGGCAAAACCGAAAAUGUCAAUUUGAGUGGAGGCUACUAUGAUGCAGGCGAUAAUGUGAAGUUUGUAUGGCCCAUGGCGUUUUCAGUAGGCUUAUUGAGUUGGGCUGCUGUUGAAUACAAAAACGACUUACAGUCGGCCCAACAGCUUAGCAGCCUCCAAACAGCGAUAAGAUGGGGAACAGAUUUCUUACUUAAAGCCCACACUUCUUCUACCACAUUCUACACUCAGGUGGGUGAGGCGAAUAGGGACCACACGUGCUGGGAGCGGCCGGAGGAUAUGGACACGCCUCGUACCCUUUAUAAAGUCACUCCAACUUCGCCCGGAACAGAGGCGGCUGCCGAGGCUGCUGCCGCCUUAGCUGCCGCAUCCAUUGUGUUCAGAGCGGCUGAUUCAAACUACUCCGCCACACUCAUUACGAAUUCUAAAUCGCUAUUUGAGUUUGCGGAUAACUAUAGAGGUUCUUAUCAAGGGUCUUGCCCAUUUUACUGCUCUUUCUCAGGUUAUCAGGAUGAAUUAAUCUGGGCAGCAGCUUGGCUGUAUAGAGCAAGUGGUAAUAACACAUAUCUAAACUAUGUCUCCACCAAUAAGGGCUGGAGCCAAGCUGUUAACGAGUUUAGUUGGGACAACAAAUUUGCCGGAGCUCAAAUCUUACUAGCAAAGGCUAGUGAAUUUCUUGCUGGAAAAACAACUCUGUCAACAUAUAAAACCGGCGCCGAUUCAUUUGUUUGUGCCUUGAUGCCGGAAAGUAGCUCUGUCCAGAUCAGGACAACCCCUGGCGGGCUUCUGUACACGAGAGACGGGAGUAACCUACAAUAUGUCACGAGCGCUACAAUGCUGCUUCUCGUCUACUCCAAGAUUCUAACCGAGGCUCGUCUUGAUGGUGUUCGUUGUGGAUCGCUUAAUUUUUCACCCACCGAUAUCAAAGCCUUUGCAAAAUCACAGGUGGACUACAUUCUUGGAGCCAAUCCCCUGAACAUGUCAUAUAUGGUUGGAUUUGGCGCCAAAUACCCGACCCAGUUACACCACAGGGGCGCCUCAAUCCCUUCGAUCCGCAACCACCCUGCAAAAGUGGGCUGCUCAGAUGGACUCUCAGCUUGGUACAAUUCCCCCAAUCCAAACCCAAAUACUCAUGUGGGCGCAGUAGUUGGAGGCCCAGGCCCAAACGACCAGUUUACCGACUCGAGAACCGAUUUCUCGCACCUGGAGCCCACGACGUAUAUGAACGCCGCUUUUGUCGGGUCUGUGGCGGCUCUCAUCGGACAAACCGGACCCGAGUGUCCACACCUGGAUAUGCAUCAUUAUAAUAGGUCAAAUGCGGUGGAAUUUUAA